GUCACGGGAUGCAACUUAUUCUCUCUGGAGGCUUGUGUCUAGUUAACUGUACACUAGUUGUGGUCAGUUAUGUUUCUGGCAGGUACAGGCAACGGGUGCUGUGGGAUUGGCCAGAGGCCAGGCUCUAGUUCUGGGUCCUGCAAUCCGCGAAAGUUUAGCGAGAAGAUAGCACUUCUCACCCAGCGACAAGCUGAGGACACCGCAGCCUUCCAGGAGGUUAUGAUGGACAUCACUUCCACCAGGGUGAGUCAAGAGGACAGGCCUACGAGCUUCGUGUUGAUAAAACAGGAGACGCCAUAAAGCUGUCAAAAAUAUUCAAACGUCAGUAAUGUUGACCACCCGACAGUCAGAGCACUUUGUUUUCACUUUUCAGAGGCGCAAUAAAUUCCACGCCAUAUCAAGCAGCGCGCUCAAUUUUGCACUAUAUAGACUUUCACCGCUAAAACACCGGUUGACAAAUCUCAGUUUAAUCCAAAGUGUCGACAUAAUUUAACUUUAAAACACUCUUACUGUAAUAUAACCUUUAAACAUAAUAUAUGCUUUAUGUUGACUUAUACCACAUUUAUGCUUAUAACACCUGUUGAUUUGCCAUAUAGCUGGCACCAAAAAAAAAAAAAAAAGGCUGCCCACAACCUCCCAAGGCUAGAAUUACAAAUUGCACUCUUGGGGUAGCCUGCGUAGUGGGCUUGACCAAUGUGCAUAUGUUAACGCUUAUGAGUCAUGCCCCCACGUUGCUAUUUAUGGGGGUGUCUAUUAGGCUAGGGGGGCCCUGAUUUGUUAUUGUGUCCAUAGGAAAUAUAAUUACUAUUCUAUUUUUAUGUGAGUGUCAGUGUCAGUGUCCCACUACACAGUUGGAGUGCUACAACCUCACCUUAUGCUUUAUGUUAUCGUUUUGGAAUGUAAUUGCCUUCUGUGCAUUUGACUCCAGCUUUUUGCCAGGGGUGUAGGGCUGUUCCUGACAAAAAAAAAAUCUUGAUAGACUGCGAGUCGUCUGUUAUUUUGACCAAUCCAUUGAAGACUCAUGAGACCAUAGACUUACUGGUAAAAUGCACAUGAGGGGGUACUUCAGGGGCACUCCGGACAGAGCAAAAUUCAGUUGGUGGUACAAUAACCGAAAAGGGUUGGGAACCACUGUUGUAGACAACACUACAAGAAACAUACAAGGCUUAAUGAGGAAUUGGACCUUGUAUGUUUCUUGUAGUGUUGUCUAAAUGCAUCAGCAGUCCCCCCCCCCCCCCCCCCCCCAAGUAAGUUAUGGUAUUAGGCCUAAUUAAGUUAUGGUAUUAAGACUAAACAGGAUGCGCUCUUUGGCCUACAGCUCGAUAGUGUUCUCAACACCAAUAUGCUGGUUAACUUUGCUAUUAUGCACAUAGCAACAUGGUCUAGGAAAAGGCGCCAAUUCAACAGCGCUCUGAUGUUUCAGAACCGCAGACAGCGACCACUAUCCAAUGUGGGAAAGCGCGUUCGUUAAAAAAAUCAUAUUUGUAUUAGUGUUGCACCGUUGAUCUUAUGUAAUAUAACCAUAUACAAUUUCAGUAACACGUCUUAGAGUGAUGGACUGUGCCAUCCCCACGGCCUCCACAAUGGAUUAGUCCACUCAGACUGGCGCGAAUCAGACAGGUGUCUUGUACACCAUUAUUAUUAUUUAAUUUUUUUACUACUGCUCGACUAAAAAAGUUUUGGUCGACCUGCUGACUAAAUGGGGUCAGCCCUACAGGGGUGUAAUAAAUAUAUGUUUGAAACUAUGUGUAAAGUGCACAAGUUUGAGUUUCCCUAUUCUGCAUUAUAGAGCGCACCGUCCAUCUUAUAGCUAGCCUAGUAUCGUAUUGAUUAGGUCUCUGGUGUCAGGUGAAAUGAGGUGCAGCCCCAUGCUUUGGCUUGAAACGGAGGAGGCUAGACCUCACGGCACUUGUUUAUGGUAGCGCUUUGACUGCUUACAUAGCCCACACUGUGCAUAUCAUUAAUACCCGAAUUCAUAAGCUCUCAAGUCAUGUUACCUCACCAAAAGAGCUCACUGAUGCACAAGUCUCAGUCUUAUCCAAGGGCCUCUCUUUUGUACCUAUAUGUACAGACAAACCAUUUCAUACGAAAGCAGAUCUGUUUAAAUUAUUUCGCAAGAUUAAACUUAAACACGUGUUUUCCUAAAACACAGUUUCUGGCCUAGAAACCCAACAAAGAACUGUUACCUAUUUUACGCCCAAAAGCAAAUUCUGUCUUAUGGUUAACAACUCCUCGAUUAAAACCUAUUGUAGGUUAGUCGAACAAGAAGCCAUGUCUGUAUAUAAAAGAAAAACAAACCAUAUUCAGAAGAACCUCCCCAGGACAGAAGAACAGGCACUCAAUGAACUAAUUAAAUAUUCAUCUUUGGUUAUCAAACCUGCAGACAAGGGGGGAGCUGUGGUUGUUUUAGACUAUGAAAAAUACAAAGAAGAGAUUCUGAGACAACUCAGUAAUGAACGUUUCUAUAGAAAACGGAGUGUUGAUCCCACACAGGUGUUCCAAAGGGAUAUUAGCUCUAAUCUGAAGCAAGCCCUAUUAAACAACCUUAUCUCAAAACCUGAAUAUGAAUACCUUUGCUGCAAAUGUGACAUAUGUCCAUGCCUGUACAUUUUUCCUAAAUUACACAAACCUAAAACACAAGGCAAUUAUUCAAGCAGACCAGUGGUUGCAGGAAUAGGCUCAAUGCUUGAGCCAUUGUCAAACUUUGUAGACUAUUUUAUUAAAUCUCAUGUGCAAGCAUUGCCAUCAUAUGUGAAAGACUCUAUAGACUUCAUAAAUAAAAUCUCACCAAUAACGGGAUUAACAAAAGACUGUAUUUUGGUCACAUUAGAUGUCGAGAGUCUAUAUACCAGAAUUCCCCAUACGGGGAGGCUGGUAGCCCUAGCUCACUAUUCGAGAGACCGAGAUACUAACAAAUACCCACCAACAAACUUUAUUCUAGAGCUGGCUGAAUAUGUUUUGACGUAUAACUAUUUCCGGUAUGAUGAUGAAUACUACUUCCAAACUAAUGGAACAUCGAUGGGCUCCACAUUCGCUCCAAGCUAUGCUAACCUUUAAGUGGAUCAUUUUGAAGAAUGUUUUGUUAACAAUUAAAAUGAAAAUCUAUUUUUGAAUAAAAUCCUGAAGUGGUAUCGAUAUGGACACAUUUUUUUGCAUAUGGGGAGGAACGGGAGAAGAGCUGUCAGACUUUAUGGCAUUACUCAAUGACAUUGACCCCAAUCUCAAAUUCACUAUGGAAUGUGACACUAAACAUGUUCGUUACCUCGAUAUGUGGAUUGGGAAAUCAAAUGGAACCCUGUUUACAACUCUGUACAGAAAACGGACAGAAAUACUCUUUCAGGGGGACAUCUUCCACCCUGAGCCAUUAAAAAGAGGACUUCCAAGAAGCCCGUUUUUCAGACUGCGCCGUAUAUGCUACUCCACAGAGGACUAUCUAGAAAAUGCAGCGGAGAUGCUGAGUAUAAGAACCCACCACUUAUUGUAUAUAGGAGAGGUCGCAAUGUACGCGACAAAUUGGUCCAUGCCAACUGCCAGCCACAAAAGAAAAUGAGCCAGGCUCUUUUACGACGUCUUCCGAAUGGUAUCUAUAAAUGCAGAGGUUGCACACAGUGCAACAAUAUGAUGAAGUGUGAAUAUUUCUGCCACCCACAUACAGGAAAACAGUUCCAAAUAAAUGACAUUAUUACGUGCUCCACCACCACCAUGUUAUCUAUAUGAUCAAAUGUCCACGUGGGCUGUGUUAUGUAGGUAAAAUCUCUCAAACAGAGAAUUAAUGAACAUAAAAGUUCAAUCAGGAGAAACGACAGGGAUUAUCAUUUUAAUGACCAAAAACAUUAUAUUUCUACCUUUUUAGAGUUUGUGGCAUAGAGAAAGUCAAGAUAUCAGACCGGGGAGGUGAUAUAAAUAAUACUCUGAGCAAAAGAGAAUGUUUUGGGAUUUUCACCCGCUAGACAUUAUACCCAAACGGUUUUAAUAAUGAAAUGCCCAUUCAUGUUAUGUUGUAAAUGUGAACAUGAGUUAAUGCUUCCACUUCAGAUUAGUCCAACGUUUUUUUCUUGUACUGUACCCAAUGAUUUAUGAAAACUUACUUGAUAUGUCGAUGUCCUCAUUGUCGUUUCAGUCUUGUGUAAUACGUUUUAUGUACGCACUUUAUUCGAAUUAUUAGAAUACUUAUGAAAUGCACAUUGUUAUAUUUGGUAACAUAUGCUUGUUUUCCUUAUACUCCAACCCCAUUCGAUGCAUUGAAUGGAUUUGGGUGGAGCAAUGUCUACAUAAGGGUGCAAAUUAAAAACACUCACAAAAGCUCUGACGAAGGCCUUGAGGCCGAUACUUAAAGCUUAAUAAAGGGAAGUGAUACUAGCAAGAGCAGUAUUUUUUCUCACCUAACCACCAUGCAACACUUUCCUUAAAAUACAGUACAUGUGGGAGAUUGUAGCCAGCUAUACUCGUGGUUUAUUACACAUUGACUUUUGAAGUAUGCAAUAGUCUUUCUCCUGCAGUAUCGGAUUCCCAUGUUCAUGCCAAGGGUAGGCAGUCGGAGGGUAUUCUUUCCGAGAUCGAGCCAACAGUCGCCUUGACUCACUCUUAUAGUGUCACUAUAUAUGGAAUAUACUUUGUCUGAGUUUGACAUUUACCAGGAAUUCUAUUCUACAAGUGAGACUAUUAUAGCACUGACUGUAAAUGGCAUUUGCCUUUUCUGAUAAUCAACUAAAUUAAACUAGUUGUUGUUUUUAUUUAUACCCCCACUCUUUCCUGGUCUCAGAUUCAGGUCCAGAGAGUGCGGCAGGCCAGAAGCCUGGGCACCUAUUCUGGAGGCUCCCUUCCCAAUGUCAACCAGCUUGGGAGAAGCACUUCAGGUGUACAGGUGAGAGUUAUUACUUAUAAUUUCAUGACCUACUACUUAGAACUACAUUUCUAUUUAUUAGCCUACUUACAUACAGGCUAUAGCAAUGGUUAUACGAUGCAGGAUACUGAAAGUCAAAUGAACCCUUUAUCUGUCUGACUCUGUUAGGGUCAACUCCCAUGUAGUCCAGACAAUGGCUGCCCUACAAGACUUCACCCAAUGGCAGAGAGGGCACAAGGAGAGGGGCGGCUCAAUUUCCCGGUCAGGCCAAACAGGAGAUAUGUAUCCUUUAUGCUCAGUCAAAGGGCAGCCAGUGAUGGGUCACUUAAAGUGACAAAGUGAAGCGAGGUCACUGCUAGUGUAACGUCUGUAUUGCUUAGUGGCUCCCAUGCCUUGAAGUUAAUAUAUGCAGGGCUAAAGCACAAACAGAUGCUUUUAGGGCAAGGGUUUCUAAUGGUCAAUGCUAACGUUAGCCAUUUGCAACUGUAGUAAACUAAGCACACAAUAUUGAUGGUCUUCCUCCAGAUAUCUGAAGUGCAUGGUGGACGACCAUAACAGUGAAUGUAAAGCAAUAGUUCACCACUAUAUUGCAAUAAAGUGGUGAACUCUUGCUUUACAUCCAUAGUAGCCUACUUCCUAUUGUCUGUAUGGCGAGAUGACCAAACAACUAUUGCGUGUAAAAGCGUUCCCGGGGUCAAAUGCCACACUACUGUCUAAGGUUAAAGGCCCAGUGCAGUCAAACUUGAUUUUCCUGUAUAGUGCAUUCAGAAAGUAUUCAGACCCCUUCACUUUUUCCACAUUUUGUUACGUUACAGCCUUAUUCUAAAUUUGUUUAAAUACAUUUUUUUCCUCAUCAAUCUACACACAAUACCCCAUAAUGACAAAGUGAAAACAGGUUUUUAGACAUUUUUGCAAAUGUGUGUGUGUGUAUAUAUAUAUAUAUAUAUAUAUAUAUAUAUAUGUGUGUGUGUGUGUGUACAGUGGGGGAAAAAAGUAUUUAGUCAGCCACCAAUUGUGCAAGUUCUCCCACUUAAAAAGAUGAGAGAGGCCUGUAAUUUUCAUCAUAGGUACACGUCAACUAUGACAGACAAAAUGAGGGGAAAAAAUCCAGAAAAUGACAUUGUAGGAUUUUUAAUGAAUUUAUUUGCAAAUUAUGGUGGAAAAUAAGUAUUUGGUCAAUAACAAAAGUUUCUCAAUACUUUGUUAUAUACCCUUUGUUGGCAAUGACACAGGUCAAACGUUUUCUGUAAGUCUUCACAAGGUUUUCACACACUGUUGCUGGUAUUUUGGCCCAUUCCUCCAUGCAGAUCUCCUCUAGAGCAGUGAUGUUUUGGGGCUGUCGCUGGGCAACACAGACUUUCAACUCCCUCCAAAGAUUUUCUAUGGGGUUGAGAUCUGGAGACUGGCUAGGCCACUCCAGGACCUUGAAAUGCUUCUUACAAAGCCACUCCUUCGUUGCCCGGGCGGUGUGUUUGGGAUCAUUGUCAUGCUGAAAGACCCAGCCACGUUUCAUCUUCAAUGCCCUUGCUGAUGGAAGGAGGUUUUCACUCAAAAUCUCACGAUACAUGGCCCCAUUCAUUCUUUCCUUUACACGGAUCAGUCGUCCUGGUCCCUUUGCAGAAAAACAGCCCCAAAGCAUGAUGUUUCCACCCCCAUGCUUCACAGUAGGUAUGGUGUUCUUUGGAUGCAACUCAGCAUUCUUUGCCCUCCAAACACGACGAGUUGAGUUUUUACCAAAAAGUUAUAUUUUGGUUUCAUCUGACCAUAUGACAUUCUCCCAAUCCUCUUAUGGAUCAUCCAAAUGCACUCUAGCAAACUUCAGACGGGCCUGGACAUGUACUGGCUUAAGCAGGGGGACACGUCUGACACUGCAGGAUUUGAGUCCCUGGCGGCAUAGUGUGUUACUGAUGGUAGGCUUUGUUACUUUGGUCCCAGCUCUCUGCAGGUCAUUCACUAGGUCCCCCCGUGUGGUUCUGGGAUUUUUGCUCACCGUUCUUGUGAUCAUUUUGACCCCACGGGGUGAGAUCUUGCGUGGAGCCCCAGAUCGAGGGAGAUUAUCAGUGGUCUUGUAUGUCUUCCAUUUCCUAAUAAUUGCUCCCACAGUUGAUUUCUUCAAACCAAGCUGCUUACCUAUUGCAGAUUCAGUCUUUCCAGCCUGGUGCAGGUCUACAAUUUUGUUUCUGGUGUCCUUUGACAGCUCUUUGGUCUUGGCCAUAGUGGAGUUUGGAGUGUGACUGUUUGAGGUUGUGGACAGGUGUCUUUUAUACUGAUAACAAGUUCAAACAGGUGCCAUUAAUACAGGUAACGAGUGGAAGACAGAGCCUCUUAAAGAAGAAGUUACAGGUCUGUGAGAGCCAGAAAUCUUGCUUGUUUGUAGGUGACCAAAUACUUAUUUUCCACCAUCAUUUGCAAAUAAAUUGAUAAAAAAUCCUACAAUGUGAUUCUCUGGAUUUUUUUCUUCUCAAUUUGUCUGUCAUAGUUGACGUGUACCUAUGAUGAAAAUUACAGGCCUCUCUCAUCUUUUUAAGUGGGAGAACUUGCACAAUUGGUGGCUGACUAAAUAUUUUUUUCCCCCACUGUGUAUAUAUAUAUAUAUAUAUAUAUAUAUAUAUAUAUAUAUACUACCAGUCAAAAGUUUGGACACCUACUCAUUCAAGGGUUUUUCUUUAUUUUUAAAUUUUUUUGCAUUGUAGAAUAAUAGUAAAGACAUCGAAACUAUGAAAUAACACACAUGGAAUCAUGUAGUAACCAAAAAAAGUGUUAAACAAAUCAAAAUAUAUUUUAUAUUUGAGAUUCUUCAAAUAGCCACCCUUUGCCUUGAUGACAGCUUUGCACACUCUUGGCCUCCACAAUCCCCCGACUUCAACCCAAUUGAGAUGAUUUGGGAUGAGUCGGACGGCAGAGUGAAGGAAAAGCAGCCAACAAGUGCUCAGCAUACGUGGGAACUCCUUCAAGACUUUAGGAAAAGCAUUCCAGGUGAAGCUGGUUGAGGGAAUGCCAGGAGUGUGCAAAGCUGUCAUAAAGGCAAAGGGUGGCUAUUUGAAGAAUCUCAAAUAUAUUUUCAUUUGUUUAAGACUUUUUUUGGAUACUACAUGAUUCCGUAUGUUAUUUAAUAGUUUUGAUGUCUUCACUAUUAUUCUACAAUGUAGAAAAGAGUAAAAAUAAAGAAAAACCCUUGAAAGAGUAGGUAUGUCCAAACUUUCGACUGGUACUGUGUGUGUGUGUGUGAGAGAGAGAGAGAGAGAGAGAGAGAGAGAGAGAGAGAGAUUAAAAAUGAUAUAUGAUUUUAGUGGAAGACUUUGAAAAGAGUACCUGAAAUAUCAUCCUCUUUUGGUGGGAUGGAGAUUUGGCCGGCCUGGUGACAUCAGUUAAUGUCACCAGGCCAGUUAAUAGACCACCAAUAACAAAGACAGUUCCAAACCUCUCUGCCAAUAACAGCUAGUUUUCCCCUCCCCACUCAGACCACUCCCAGACAGUCCUAGUAGAAUUCUUGCUUGAGAAAUUGCUCUUUGCUAAGAAGCAAUUUUUGUUACUUUCUGACCAUUUUAAUUGAAAACAAUCACCCAGAAAUGAUUUAAAUUGAAAUAAAAACGGCUGCAUUGGACCUUUUUAACUGUUGAUCCACUUAAGUAGCAGAGGGUAUUAAUCAUGUACACAGCCACGCUGUACACAGGCAAUGCCCUGUCAACUUUGUGUAUCAUUGUUUGCCAACAUUAGACCUAUGCCUAGGUUUUUCUAAGGGCACGCUGUUUAGCCUUAACACUCCCUCACAGACUGACAACUCCCCCUACUGCUCAGUUCACCUGUCUCCACCACUUGAACCCAGCUGGAGAAGGUAAGGGUCGGGCGCAAUCCAAACUGAUACAUUUGGUUCACUUGCACUUAAACAUCCUAAUACAUAUUCUGCCUGAUUCUGUCACCCAAAUAGGAACUUGUCUAGCAGCUCUCCAGUGGACAAAAGCCACCUGAUGCACCCUCCCUUCACAGCACUUAAUAGGUGAGCAAUGUACCCGUGGUGUUUCUCUACUGUUCUUCUACACUCUUGCUUUCCCCUCUGAAAUGUGUGCUCUCCUCCCUAGAACUAACUCAGACUCGGCCCUGCACACCAGUAUGAGGAACACCCACACAGGGGACCAGCAGGCUUUAACCUCACGGAACAGGCACAGGGGUAAAUCCACAAUGCCAGUUGUAUUGAAAUAGUCAUAGUAUUGUGUUCAGUAUUUCAGUAUUAUUCCUUAGGUAAUUCUUGCAAAUGCCUCUUGAAAGUGAGUUUUCUUUCCUUUGCCAUGUAUUAAUCUAUUCAUUUUUGCACCUGAUGGUUUCCUCUCUGUCACCUCAGUUUUUCCAUAUCCAGUGCCUCCAAUUGAGGAGAAUGUCCUAGAAGAGGGAAAAUCAUUAAGGAAUACCAAAAAGGUAUAAUUUCUUGCCAAUAUAACCAUCCACUAUGUCCUAUGCGAAUGGGUUCAGUAUUGCACUAUUUGCUCUAGCAGAUGCAUGACUAUUUUUCUCAUUGAUGUAUCCUUGCUAAUUGUUUGUCUCAUCUUAGCUUCCUGCACUUCCCACUGGAAUCAAAUCGCGUAAAGUCCCUGGUAUAAAGUAUGUUCUGCUUUUCCAAAUGAAUAUUGUCUAAAAGAAGGUAAACCCCUGAUUGAACCACCUCCUUUUCUCCUAUCCUUCUCUCUUGCGGUUUCUCCAGCAUCCUGUCCUCACCAGAUCAGCAGUUCAGUGCUCUCAAUGUCCCUUCCCCUCUCAAUGUGAGUGGCUCCUUGCCCAACCUCUCCAGCCUGCACCUCCCCUCCCCCCAGCCAGUAGGCGUGGACUCACACAAACCCACUGCCUGCAGCACUGACCACCUACCUGGAACUCCCUCUCACCUUGGAGCCAGGGAUGAUGAAUUUCCUUUGCCAGGUGUGUUUGUCUGUGUGCCAAGUUCUUAGUGUAUGUUGGUAUCGGUUUAGGUUUGUUCAUAUGGUGAUGAUGGUGUCCAUUUCUUUCCUUGUGUUCUCAGGUUUGUCAUUGUCGCUCCAAGGCUCGUACAGUAACCCAUUGCUCCAAUCCUUCCACAGCAACCCCAAUAUCCAAUCCUCUCUCCGCAGCCACUCCCUUUCCAGCUCUCUAAACUCCACCUCCUUGAACUUGUCACUCAGCAACUCUUCCCUGCAGUCAUCCCCUAGCAACCAAUCCCUCCAGUCCUUCCUCAGCAGCUCUUCCCUAAGCGGCCUAUCCCUGCAAUGUGCAACUAGCCACUGUAGCUACAGCAGUGGGAUUGGCGGAUCUCGCACUUGCUCCUCCUCGUCCCUAUCCUGCUCCCCACGUCCAACUAGCCAGACGCAGGUGCCUUCGUCAAGAAGGCAGACUCCCCUCAGCCCACUGGUCGUUCCCACUGGUGGAGAGUCUCGCUGGCUCCAAUCUAAACAAUUUUCACCUGUUGGGUCUCCAAAGUUAUCUUCUAUAACUCAGGUAUCUCAAACAAACUGGAAUUUAAGUGACGUCAUUGUUUUGUUAAUAUGGAGUUCUAUGAAAUCAUCUUACUAAGACAUUGUUUGAUGUAUUGCUCUUAUUUCAAUUCCAAGGGAGUUCUCCUGAACACCAACCAAUUACCACAGGAGUCAAGGCCACCAGGGUAUCAUCACUGCCAACCUCAACACGAGGGACCUCCAGCAGCCCAGCAGCCCAUGCAUGGAGGUCUGCCACAGCAGCAGCAUUCUCUGACAGAGGGGCAGCAGCAACCCAGCCAGGAACUGAAAAAAACACCACUACACCAAGAGAAAUCCAGGCAUCAACAACAAGGUGCACAUCAGCAGCAACAACAACAAGACCAACAACACCCACAGCAACGGCUCCCACAGACACACAAUCUCCAACAACUGCAAUAUCACCAUCGACAACCGUACCAACACCCAAAUCAACUAUAUCGAUGCCAGAUCCAGCAUGUCCAAACAGAAGGUCAGAACCUGGACAUAAAACCGCAACAUCAAAGAGGGUCAAACCAGUGUGAGAAUCCACAGCAACAACACCUACAUCAAUCACAAGAGGAACAACAUCAAAGACAACAACAGCAAAAACAACAGAAACAAGUGUACCAAAACCUUCCACAGCAACAGCAAGAGAAGCAAAGGCAACAACACCAGCAACACCCACACCAGCAACAGUAUCAACAACAAGCGUACCAAAGACAACCUCAGCAAAACCAAGCACUUCGACAAGAUGAGAUGCAACAUCAGCUCCAGCAGGUUCAACCCUACCACCAGCAGCAGCAACAGCAGCAUGAGCAACAUCAGUGGCAUCCCAAGUGUGCGUACCCGCCAGCUCAGAGCCUUGACUUGAAUGGACAGAACAUGUCAAACCCACGAAAAGUACCAACGAUGCAGAUGACUCGUAAGCAUCAGACCCAAGCCCAGGGAAGGAGCUGGGCUCAUCAGAAGGUGCAAGGUCAGAAGGACCAGAUUGAGUCGACCAAAAUCUCCUCACAGAUGAACUCCUUAAUGGACAACAAUCCGGGCCUCUACAAUGUGAGAAUAACCCCAUCUGUUGCAUAUUAUGUUGUCUAUUUUCACUAGUUCGAGUUGAUUUUGGCUAGUGUCUGUGUAUAUUUUGCACUUUUAUCAGCCUCUUAGUUUUUUCUGUGAUGUAGGCUAUGUUUAGGGUCAGUAAGACGCCAUUUGAUGUUUGGUCUGUCAGAAAGGUAUGGUAAUGUAGGGCUGUACGAUAUGGGCCCCCCAAAAAAAAAUUCUACGAUAUUGCGAUUUGACGUGCGAUAUAAAUCGACACUUGGGUGAACUGUUGGAAUAGAAUGUAGAAACAAAGUGGAAAGCAGCAUCGUUCUUGUUUGGAACAAUCGGUUGACUGCAUUUGACCUAACUGAACCGCAUGCAAACUUACAGAUGUAGGAUCUUAAUUUGAUCACCCUGUUGCAGGAGAUUUUAAACUUGUAGUGUAUUUGAGGUUUAAAAAGGCAUCUGAAUUUUGUAAUUUUCACUUUGAAAUUUGACUUGAUUUUCCCUUACGAAGAAUGUAUCAACCCCUAUAAAAAUGUCCAUUAAUUAUAUAAUCCACAUUUCCUGUUGCUGCAGGAUUACUUUCCUGCUGUAGCAAACUGGUUCAAAUGAAGAUCCUACAUCUGUAUAGUGACUAACAGAGAGGAGGAACUGCGCUGAUUCAGUGACGUGGCGGGCUUCUUGUGUGGGAAGCAGCCGCAAGAGGAGAAAAAAGAGUAAACUAUCAAAACAGACGUUACACGUGGCUCAGAUGCAUUUCAAAAUAUUGCAUGCGAUAUGGAUAUUGCACAUGUCAAUAUUGUGAUUUCGAUGUGAAUUAAGAUGAGUUGUGCAGCCCUAUUAAUAUUAAUGGUCCACUCACCCCCUUUCUGGUCUCUCAGGACUCUUCCAUACUGAACCAUUUACAGCAGGAGUCCUACAUGGGCCUACACCUCACACCCAGCCAGACUCAGGCACUCUCCCAGCAGGUAGCCUAAAACUUUAAAUAAUCUAACAGUAUUGAAAGGACAACUCUAUUUUACCUGUUGAUUCACUCACUGUGCAUAGUUUUAAUCUAACUGUCUCUAAUCUUGUCUGGUUGUCCACACUUCUGCCCAGCUGGAACAGCUCAGUAAGGAGCCUCUCUGGGGAGAUUCUGGGCCUCAGUCUGUGGAGGUGAAAGAUGGAGGGGUUUACUGUGGGAACCAGGGUCCUCACAUAUCCCUCCACUGCCAGAACCAAACCAGUGUGGACUGUCAUAACAACCUUAUGAUGGGUAGGACCCACUCUCUCCCCCCUCUUGCACUUUUUAAUUGCUUGCAGCAGAUAUUAGAGAUGGAUAUUACCUUAUUUUUGGUUUACACAGGUCGCUUUUGAUUCAUCCAGAUAGUUGUUACUCAAUACCAACUAAUGGACUUAAAAACUGUCUGGAUGAAACUACACCCUAAAUAAGUAAAUAAUAAUCCCUGAAAUGUUGGACCUGGUAAUUGAAACAUAAACAUGUUUAAAAUAUUUGUUGCACUGCAAUUGUAACCUUUAAAGCUUAUGUUGUCUAUUUUAAAAGUUUGGCCGGGAUUAAAUCCGAUGGCGGCUUUUAAAAGCAAUUUCUGAUUGAGCCGUCAUGCAGCGUUUACCGUGAAUGGGAUAUCCGUGAACGGGAGCAUUGACUUUAAAAGCCACAAUGCCUAUAACCCACAAUCGGAUUGAAUCCCGGCCUCACUCUUUCUCUCAUCCACUUUGUCUUUGUUUCCCACUUAACAGACAAAGCAGCUUAUGAUGAUUUCUCUGGUGUUCUGCCCAUGCUGGGAUUUGAUGCAGACACCUUCACCCUGCAUAACCCCCUUCAGAUCGAUCCCCUAGACCUGGAGGAGCUUAACAUGCUGGCAGGUGGAGACAUGGUCGAGGACACUGUGAAAGGACACUGCUCUAACCUACUUAGGUGA